UAACGGAAUGCACGCUAGACGACGCUAGCGCUAACGCACGUUAGGUGUUUAAGAAAUAUUAUUUACGACCACCAUGUGGUCGUUUCUGGUCGAAUUAGAUGCUACGACGUCUGCAACGCUAUCCGUCUGUGCGAAUGCACGCAAUCCACUACAAAAGUUGUGUCGCUUGUUCUUCAAGUUAGUCGAGUACAGCGGACACGGUCUCUUCUGGAUUUCUUUCUGUCUCUUUCUCUACUACAACACGUCAGACAACGGCGCCAGAUUCGUCAUAUCCGAACUCCUCAUUGGAAUCCUCGUCGAUCUCGUCAUACAGUGCGCUAUCAAACUCGCAGUUCGUCGCAGGCGACCGAUCUAUAACAAUGCAGACAUGAGACUGACUGUGAUGGCGGUCGAUUCGUAUUCGUUUCCGUCGGGUCAUGCCACUCGAUUCGGAUUUCUCUUCGUUUUCGUCCGAUUCUACUUUCCGGGGACGUUCGAGAGGACUGUAAUAGGCGUGUGGACGUUGAUGAUUGCCUGCUCGAGGCUCUUGUUGGGCAGACAUUAUGUGUCUGAUGUAGUUUGUGGUUUUGUUAUUGGUUGCCUCGAGUUCCAGUUCGUCCACCAGUAUGCUGGAUUAUUGAUUCAACGAACUCGAUAGAGUAGAAUUAUGUUUAGAUGGAUCUAUCCAUGAUACCAGUGCUAAUUCGACUUCAUACUUCAACAAAUCGUGGACUUUGUUACUCUGAGUUUUCCGAUUAUAGUUUUGUAACUCUAACUGUCAUACACUCAAAGCACCCAGUGAGGUGGCUGCAAUACAAACACUCAAUAGUUGAUUCGAUAAGCUCCAUCUAUUACUAACUCUAAAGCCAAAUACAUGAGAAAACG